AUGGGCAUCCGAAGCCGUCGUCUACCUCGCAAUGAGCGGCAGAUUACGACAUCGGGCACACUCAGACUUCAUGCUGAUAUGCACGCCUAUGCCACGCAGUCUCCAUUUGUCGCAACCGAUUUCGACGGCUCAGGUUCCGCACAUGGCUUCGUCAUCCGCUUGCCGAUCCAAAUCCCGAACCCCCACUGCCGAAGCAAUCAAUCUUUCCGGGGAAUGCAGCUUCCUCGUACAAGUAGCUUCACCGAGCAUCCGUUGGCAUGA